AUGGCAGAAACCAAGCCAGAAGUUGAACAGUUUGCUUUCCAAGCUGAGAUUUCUCAGCUAAUGAGUAUUAUUAUCAAUACCUUCUACUCAAAUAAGGAGAUUUUUCUUCGUGAACUGAUAUCAAACGCAUCUGAUGCCCUUGACAAGUUUCGAUACCAAUCACUCUUGGAUUCCUCGAAGCUAGAGAGUGGUAGUGAAUUGUAUAUUCGGAUAAUUCCAGACAAAGAAAGUAAGACUCUUACAAUUCGGGAUACCGGUAUUGGCAUGACGAAGGCUGAUCUUGUGAACAAUCUCGGUACAAUCGCCCGCUCUGGUACCAAAGCAUUUAUGGAAGCCCUUCAGACCGGUGCCGAUAUAUCUAUGAUCGGUCAGUUUGGUGUCGGUUUCUAUUCAGCCUACUUAAUCGCGGACAAAGUGCAAGUCACCACAAAACAUAAUGAUGAUGAACAAUACAUAUGGGAAUCAGCCGCUGGUGGUUCCUUCACAAUUACACGUGAUACUGAAGGCGAAUCUCUUGGGCGUGGAACCGCAAUCAAAUUAUUCCUCAAAGAAGACCAGUUGGAAUACCUUGAAGAAAAACGUAUCAAAGAAGUCGUCAAAAGGCAUUCAGAAUUCAUCGGCUAUCCGAUUGAGCUGCAAGUCUGGGAAGAGAAAUUAGUGAAGAAGUUUGAGGUCUUGAAUAAGACGAAGCCGCUCUGGACUCGUAACCCCGAAGACAUAACUAACGAAGAGUAUGCGUCAUUCUACAAGUCGAUCACGAACGAUUGGGAAGAUCACCUGGCGGUUAAGCACUUCUCUGUGGAGGGUCAACUCGAAUUCCGUUCCAUCCUCUUUGUACCUCGUCGUGCACCAUUCGAUCUCUUUGAAACCAAGAAGAAACGCAAUAACAUCAAGUUAUACGUUCGACGUGUAUUCAUUAUGGACGAUUGUGAAGAACUAAUUCCAGAGUAUCUCAACUUCGUUAAGGGUAUAGUUGACUCUGAAGAUUUACCACUCAACAUUUCACGUGAGACUCUUCAACAGAACAAGAUCUUAAAGGUCAUUCGUAAGAAUCUCAUCAAGAAAUGUAUAGAGCUCUUCUUUGAAAUUGCCGAGGACAAGGAACAAUUCAACAAGUUCUAUGAAGCAUUUUCCAAGAACAUUAAACUGGCCGUCCAUGAAGAUAAAACCAACAUGAGUAAAUUCGCCGAAUUGCUCAGAUUCAGUUCUACCAAAUCUGGAGAUGAGAUGACUUCGCUUAAGGAUUACGUUACCCGCAUGCCCGAGAAGCAGAAGAACAUUUACUACAUCACCGGCGAAAAUCGUCAGGCCGUAGAAAACUCUCCAUUUACCGAGGUGUUGAAGAAACGCGGAUUUGAAGUGUUGCUCAUGACAGAUCCACUUGAUGAGUAUGCUAUGAACGCACUUAAGGAAUUUGAGGGCAAGAAGACAGUGAUCAAGGAAAUUCUUAACGACAAAGUUGAAAAGGUUACUGUUUCCAACCGUAUUUCAGAAUCUCCAUGUGUGCUCGUAACGGGCCAGUAUGGUUGGUCAGCGAACUUUGAACGUAUCAUGAAAGCUCAAGCCCUUCGUGACACAAGUAUGGCAUCUUAUAUGGCCUCGAAGAAGAUUAUGGAAAUUAAUCCACGUCACGCAAUUAUCAAGUCUCUCAAAGGCAAAGUCGAACAAGACAAGAACGAUAAGACUGUGAGAGACCUCACGUGGUUAUUGUAUGAGACUUCUCUGCUGCAGUCCGGUUUCACACUUGAAGAGGCUUCAUCGUUUAGCAGUAGAAUCUACAAGAUGAUUAAACUCGGCUUGGAUAUUUCGGAUGAGGAUGAUGAUGAACCUGAGGCUGAUAGUAAGGAAGAACUACCAGAAUUGCAAGAAUCUGGCGAAAGAUCGAUGAUGGAAGAGAUAGAUUAA